GCUCCUGCCUCUCCGUCAGCAGAAACUUCCUGCCAGCCACACUUCCGGUUUCCCGUCAUCUUUCCGCUUCCCGCCCGUUUGUGCAAGCUCACGAACCGACAAACGAACAUUCAGGUAAUCGGUGGGAAUAGCCUCGUUUGGCUAUUCCCGCCAUACGACACUUGUACAAGUUAUGUCCUAUAUUUCAUACGCUCAAACUCACGGACACUCGAAACUCACGAACCCUCAAUACCUGCUAUACCAGGUUGUUCGUCAAUUCAUACUACAUGUCAAUCUGUGCUUUACUGUCCUUUCGGCUACGUGUGAGAUAGGUAGGUCACUUUGUGUAUGCACAGAGCUUCCUGUGCCAAUUGUAUGCUUGCUUUGAAUGAACUGACUUGUAACUAAGGUAACAUGUGAUAUUUAGAAUACAACAGUACCAGAUGUUGCCUUUUCUGCCAUGAAUUGCCAUAAACAAUGGGUAUUGGGAAUACAACUGUAACCGCAGGUGGUUCCCUUAUUUACCAUUAUAAUGUCUUAAAGCAUAGAACUUAGUAGGGCUAACCAUACAGAUAUCUUAGUAAUAAUUUUAUAUAGUUAGUAAGAGAUCCUCUAUUUAACAUAUAUAAAUAAUUGAGAAUACAAUAUAAAAUACGGAUUGUCUUGGAAGCAAUAGUUUUGUCUCUUAGAUAUUUAUUAUAUAAAAAUAUAAAUAUAGACAUAUAAAAUCCAUUAUAGCAGAGUUUAUAAGAUGAAAUUAAAUGCUUGCAAAUAUCAUUAAUAGUUUAACAUACCCUUCUGAACAUGUCAUCAUGUCAGCCUCUCUGUCAUUUUAAGAUGGAGCAGUGUCUGUCUCCAAGUCUCUCCUCUGUUUCUUAACAUUUAAAAGUACACCUAUUUAUACCUUAGGUGUCGUCAUUCUAGGGUUACCGCAGUUCAUGUAUGAAAAAGUAACACUUCUUUUACUUUAUUCAUUUUAGGACCUCCCUUAAUUUGGCAAACAUACAAGGCCAUUACUAAAGGGUGCAUACGUCAUGGAAAUUUUCCUGACUUGGGGAAGUUCCAUUAAAUUGAGACAAGUCUGAAUAGCUUAUCUAUUAAGGUUACCACAGUGUAUUGGGUACUGAAAGAGUCAUAGGAUAGCAUUGAAGCUUGUUUAUGCAUUAUUGUUAUUGUAAUUCGUCUGGGACAAAACGACGCAAACAUAUUAUGCACUGAGGUUAUUGCUUAAAGAAACAUCUAUGAAAAACAAUAUGUUCCAUUUCUAACACCUUGUCAGUUUGCAAUAUCUCUUAAAGACAAAGUACACAGUUUAAGAAAUACAACAUUUCAUUCUAAAACUUGUAAUAUUUGCAUUUGCCCAUAACACAACCGCAUGUGUAACCCCUAUGGCCAUCUCGAUCCCUGGGGCUCAGAGGUCUCCUAUGGUAAGCGGCAUUUAGCUCUCACAUUAAAGCUUCACUGCUCCCCUUGGCAACACAUACAACAACUUAGUAGCAAAAUGUACACGCUGGCAGAAUUCAGACGGUCGACACCGCUGGUCUUACAUUAUGUCAAAAUCCGGUUAUUCCUCUUGCCAGUGACCCUUUCCAGAGACAGACUGUUCCGAUGUUGAGGUCAAUUUCCCAUUCUCAUAAUACAUGCUCCCAAGCAGGCUGGCAUAAUAACCGGUAUUGCGAUUAAAGUAUCAAUCUAUAGUACACUUAUACCGUUAGAUAUUUUUAAAUUUUUUUUCACUGUACCUACGAACGAAUCGUAUGAGACCUGCAUUCAGGUUACAUUUCGACAGACUAUUUGUUUUUUUUGUUCAUUCAUAUCAAUUAUGUCUGUAUAAUUAUCCGAAAAUAUGAUCGUUGAAAGGUACCACUUCCAUAGUUUCUUUCACAUUUGCACCUAUUACAUUGCAACCUUUAUACAGUUGGAAUAAUUGGGAUUAACAUAGGCACUGUAGUCUGUGAAUUUCAGCAUUUUCCUUAGCGAUUUUGCAAUUUUACUGUAACUGUCAGUUUCACUGUUUUAGGCUGCAACCAAACACUGGUGUGAUACAUUAAUAACAUGGUUUAAACAGGUCGCCUCGCCUCGACAGGCCACGGCUCCACUCAACUACUCGUCAUACGUUACCAACAACUCACCUUCCCAAAAUAACGUCAUGAACUCCUUUAACACCUUUUCAUUCCUUCACCAUAUUCCCUACAUCAAAUAAUACCACGCUCCACCCGAUGUGUUUUUAUUGUAUACAUGCGUAUACAAUUCUCUGGAUAUGAUUUGUGUUUUUUCUUAUUACGUGCAUUACGUUAUACACAACCACUUCUUCAAAUGUUAUCCAUUUAUUUAUUGUGGUCCUACAUUGUGGGUAAUUCCGUCAGUGUUUAAAUUGCCUCCUUUUACAAGCAUGCCAUAUUUUAAGGCUAACUUGAAUUAUGUUCAUAAAACUGGAACAUGGUUGUCGGUUGACUCAGACCGAUCAGUUGACCGUACAAUUGCCAGUCUCAAUUACAAUUACGUAAGUUUCGCAAAUAUUAAUAUAAUAACUGAGGUUAUCUAUUAUUCAGCCGCAUAAUGAGGUUAUCUAUCAUAGUCUGCAUAAUGGUUUAAUCUAUACGGUUAAUUAAGAGGAGGUUAGUAAUGUUGGAGGUAUCCUUAAGGAUAUCCUUUCCUGUUCAGAACCACACUUUAAUUUCAAGUUCAGAACAACGUUCUAUUAUUUAGUUAGUUUUGGUUCUUUAUUGUCUACUGUCUCUGUCAGGUACAACUACAUUGUUGUUCACGUUUCAAUCUACUGCCUCUACAAGGCCACACAUUUUUACGAUGGGGUAUUGGGGUACGGGGGCUUGAUUCCCGCCUUGCCUCGUCAGGCCACGGCACUACCCAACAAUCCGUCAUAUGUUUAUUCGAAUUCACUAUCUGUAAACAAUCUAACAAACCUUGCUCAUUUCACCCUCCUCUUUCCUUCAGGGCUGCCAUGCUUUAGUGGCAAGACGCCUUCCUAAAUCUCCCUUCAGGGAACUAUAGUACCUAUCCCGGGAAUCUUCAGCACCCUCAGGGUCUAAGGAUACUAUACUAUCAGCUAUGUCCCUAAGGACUAUGAUAUGCUAAACAUCAAUUUUAUUUCAAUUUUCUCUCACUCAACUACAGUUCCUUUUUUCUUCUUCUUUCUUCUUUCUUCCCCUCUUUUCUUUUCUCCCUUUCUCCAACUUGGGAACCUCAAGGUACUUUUGCAAAUCACAACUUGGGUGUUGCUACAUACGUCACAUUACCUCCUAAUCAAGCCCCCGUCUAGGGUCAGAGAACUGGCUAUCUAGGGUUAGGAGCUGGCCUUAGCUGUACAACGUAGCUGGUCCCGCGAGGCCAACACCCCAAUCUCAACACUGACUUUUGAACCCCUGGUCUGAUUCGUGCCAUUUUUUAAUAUGUUGUUCCCCUGAAUGGAUUGAUUAUGAAAAUGUAUGUUUUAUGUUUGUGACAUGUAUAUUUUAGAAGUUAUAAAUAUUGUGUAAAAACUGUAUUCCUCUGUCUGUGAUAAUGAGAUUAACCAUUGUGUUCAGUAAUCAUAUCACAGGCAGAGGGGAUGAUUUUGUGUGGGAGUGCCUGUGUGUAUUGUACGGAUUAAUUGGUUGUUCUGUAAAACCCUGUGGGCUGUACUGUGUUUGGGGAUUGGGAAUAAAAGAGGCUGUAUGGGCCAGGACAGGGAGUUCCUGUUUUAAACCUCAAAUUUAAGUGUUGUCUCAUUCUUGGGGGAGGAUUUAUUGUAUGCUGUUCCAGUUUGACUGCUAGGAGUGUAAACCUAUUCGUAUGGUUUCCUAUUCAACUGUCUACAGCAUUCAUAUGCUUGAGAGGAUUUAUAUGCUUCUUCGGUUCGGUGAUUGUGUUGUCUACCAGAGUGCUUGGAGUCCUCAGGAAACGCUAGGAGCAUCCUUUAACAGAGGUACCCAGUCGGGGUGCCAGGCGAUCCGUUACACCAUUGUAUGCUAAUCGGAGCGGCGCUCUCACUCUCAAAGUUCGGGAACCAGGAUAUCCAAGUGGUCCAACUUCCAGCUAGCCUGGAGGUAACCAUAACAGACACGUCAUCUGCCCACACUAGAUAGUGCUGUGAGAUUCCCGCACAUUCCCAGUUAAACACUUGGGCAUGCGAUUGGGAAUUUCAUCUAUUCAUUCAUUCGUCAUAAAGACGAAUGAAUGACUAGAAAUUUCAGACGAACAAACAAACACUGAAUAUCAGUUUAUUACAAGGAGGGAGCUACCACCACACGUAACUCCCUCCUUGUGAUAUGUAAAGAUAGAAGCAGUGCUCCCCGCCACUUCCUAAGCCCCUCAUGUCCUCCCUCACUCUAUGGGGUCAAUAUGACCCCAAUACUAGCAUAAGGGAGAUUAAAAAAGAUUAAAAUCUCCCGAAUGCCCCUACUCGCUACAUAGCGAGUAGGGGCAAGUCUACUAAACAGUGAGCCACCCGUUAUAAAAAAAAAAAAAGAAAAAAGGGGCUUUUUCCUCCCCCACGACCCCCACCUCUGCACGGUGGAUGGGGGCCUUAAAUAGCAAUAAGGGGGGGACCUAUUGUCCUCCCCACCUGCCCCCACCCCUGAGCAACUGAAGAUUUUAGAAAAAAUAUUUUAGAAAAAAGACAUCAAAUGGUAAGUUUUAUUUUUCUUUACAAGUUAGCUAUUUUAUUCCCCCCUCACCAUUUUUAGGAUGAGGGGGAUAGGUAGGGGAUAGUUUUUUAUUUGGGUGGGGGGGCUAGGGGCUUCACAUUAUUAUUUAGGGCCCCAAACUGCCGCUCAGGGGUAGCAGCCGGGGAGGAGGAUAAUAGGUCCCCCCACUAUCCGUUAGGGCCCCCACCUGGUUCCCAGGGGUGGGAGCCAGAGGGGAGGAUAAUAGGUCCCCCCUACUAUCCUUUAGGGCCCCCGCCCGCCACUGACUGCUCACUGUGUAACGGAUCACCUGGCACCCCGACUGGGUACCUCCGGUGAAAGAUGCUCCUAGUGCUUACUGAGGCCUCCAAGCAUUCAGCCAGACGCCAUAACUACCGCGGACCCCACGCACCGCCGUAGCUUGGUUGGGGCCUCGCCAUCUCCUAUCCACUCUGGACCUAUGACAAGGCUCCAGUCUCCAGUGGGUGAUCCUCUCGUCCAAGAGAGUGAAGCAGGAACAAGCUCUUAAAAGAGCUUAGAAGUGAUUAUCUAGGGGAGCAGACAGAGCAUAUCAAUCCCUUGUAGUGAUAUAGUGAUUCCCCCAAUAAGACACAAGACUCUAGAUUGAGGGUUAGGCAGGAACAGAAUGAACUGAGGUUUUAUUGCUUCUUUUAUACAUAUUUCUCCACAAGGUUACAACCCACGUGCUCUUGUGGAACAGCCAAUCAACAACGUACAAUACAGUCAGACACUCCCAGCAAAUACACACAAACACUCCCCUCUGCCUGUGAUUCAAUUACCUCAACACAAUGGAUUAACUUUAUUAUCACAGGCAGGAAAAAUACUGUAUUCCACAAUAUUAAUAACUUCUAAAAUAUACAUACAAUUCCCAUAAAAAAAACAUUCUGAAUCAGCAUACUCCACAUUCAAACAUAUCCAAAAAUCAUACAAAUCUGGCCAGUGGUUAAAAAGAUAGCUGGAAGUCUUAUUUGACCGACCGGAAGCAUGGCUUUCCUGCCCAAAAGAGUUCCAGAGAUUUGGGCUGUGCAGUGGUCUAUUUUACUCUGAAAAAAUGGCUAAGUCCCAUUCAAAUGCACUAACUUGGCAGUUCGUGCAAAUAGCCUAGUAUAACAUGGCGUUCGAAUCGUCGAAAGCACUUUGAUUCCAGCUGAAGUGUCGAAGUUGCUGAGAAGGUAUGGGUCAGCGGUGUUCGUGCCAUUGUGUAGCCGUUUUCAAUUCCAUGAAUUUGACGGCACACACCGCUGACCGCGUUCGAGUAAAUAAUGAUGGCCGCCACCAUGUGUUCGAAUGUAUGUACGGCGGCCAUCCAGGGGUCGGCAAUUAACCUGCGUUUAACCAACAGCCUGGGAGGUAAAUUGACUGCACACUUCACCUUGUGUGUGGUCCGCCUGUUUGGUAAUUAGUUUGAUAAGCCCCAUUUACCAAACCAUAUGGGAAAUUUACAUGCUCAAAGUAUUUUAACAGUUUUGUGGACUCUGGGGACACAGUUUUAAAAGGGCACUGUUCCAAUAAAAGUCCAUAAGCCCCAAAAAUGUUUUAAAGGGCCAUACACCUCAGGGCCAUAGUCAGUAGGCAAGAGGCUGGCAAUUAUUCUCCUCCAGGCACACUGUUUACAAGACAUGCCCCAACUCGCGAUUUAGCGAGUAGGGGCAGAAUUUACUAUUACUAAGUAACCUUUACUUAGUAUUAGUAAAUGUGGCUGAAAGACCAAUUUAGGUCUUUCAGCGUUUUGGUAGAUAGUUCACUAAUACCGUGGGAAUCAGGAAGUUAUCUACUAAGUGGCUGCAAGAUGCAGCCGCAGCAAUGAAUCGGAUCGGAGUUUCAUUAAUUCAAAUGAAAUUCGGAUACGAACAAAGUCCCGUAUUGCGUUCUAACCCGAAUGGAGAAACUGUUCUCAUUCUGUUAGGACGCAAUUUGUCAGCUUUGCCGGCGUUCUGUUUAAGUGACAGGACGUUCGGCAAUACUGACAGGAAGCAUUGCGGGAACAGGGAGGAAAGCCAAGAAUUAUGGGAAAAUUUAUCUGACCACCGGAUAUGAAGCACACUUUGCUCUUCCGCUGGUCAUGGCGUAAGAAACCUCCAUUAGGCAAGUAGUCCCUACUUUAUCUCAUAGAAAAAAGUCAAAAUAGGAUCAGCACUAAAAAUGCCACAAAUAUGGGGGGUGUAUGAUAAAUAGGCAGCACACCUAUAUACAGGGGAGUACCCUCCAAUCCCCUAUAAAUAGUUAGAAAUAGAGCAAGAAACAAAAGGAAGGGUGCGCCUUUAAUACAAAAGAUUAUAUUUAAAUUGUAUACAUGAAAUAGUUACAGACAGAGUCCAGGGUAAUAGCCCUCAAUAAAUAAGGGAAAUUCCUGUAGGGCAGUGGUGAUUCGUCUCAGAUGCAGACUUGUAUUUUCAGUGCGCCAUAUGGGAAGAAGAACAGAAAAAAAGAGGAAAUCCAAUGGUACAGUAGGUAGGUAUAUAUGGAUAUAAAAAUAUGUAAGUAUUACUCACAAUUUCCAGAGCUAAAAUCCAGCUCUGGUAUGAAAUGCGUGAAGUGGAAUGAUCCCCACUAAAGGAUAUAUGGAGUAACCGCUUAAAGUUCAGGCUUAGAAAUAAAAUAAUAAAUAAAAUAAAAGCGAGAAAGGAAAGUGGCAACUAAAAUAUUUAGGGCCAAAAUUUAUUAUAACAAUAUAUAAAAUUUUUAAAGCCAUCUCUAGACUCGUUUCGCCUACAAUAGGCUUCUUCAAGUAGAGUAUAAUAAAAACAUAAACCUGACUUACAAUGCUUUAUAUAGGAUACAUUAAUUGUAUUGGAAUUCAAAUAUUCCCACCAAAAUGACGUUAUUAUAACCUUAAUUUUAAAAUACAUAUCAAAAUUGUAUGGCAGUAAUAUAAAACACAUAUAACACAUAUAUAAAAGAAUAAUUAUGCAUGUAACUUUAAGAAACAAGGUGCUGGUAUGUUAAGAAAUCGAUAUAAAAAGAGAUCACGUGACGCGCGGCUAAAAUCACUUCCACGUCACGUGGUUUAAAUGAAACGCAUGCGAAGUUAGCCGGCCGGGUGGGACAAAUCGAACGUCGCGUCACCAAAGGGGAGGAGCCCUAUGGUGAUCACGAACGGAGGCAGUGUUUGCAUGCUGUCUGUUCAAAUAGACGAGCAGACAGCAUGCUUACAGUUUGUAUAAACGGAAGGAGAAAAGGUCUAUUAUACAGUUGGAUUGAUUCUGUAGGACAAUAAAGAGCCAGACUCCAUUUUUAAAGGAAGACUUACAUAAGACUUGCAUAAUUGCAAAAAACGUAAUACAUAUGUAUAUGCUUAAGAUGCAAUGUGUAAACUUUGAAUACAAUUAGUCAUGAGUACAAAAGAAAAUAAUUACAAGGAUAAAUAUUUAAACAUGAACUAAAAAAAUAAAUAAAAAAAAAAUAAAUAAAUAAAAAAUAAAUAUAUAAUAAAAUAAUAAAAACAAGCAUAAAUAUUGAAAAUAGGGACUUAUAGAAAAUUAAAAAGAUCAAACUGUAUAUUGAGACCCUGUGGGGCAAGAGUCUUUAAAUUAAAUGCCCGUUCCAUCUCUUUGCUGCCUAGAAUUUUUUCAAUGUCUCCACCUCUCCAAGGGAUACUGCAGGUAUCUAUACCUAUGCAUUUAAGAAGUAUAGGGUUUUUUCCGUGUUUAAGAAAAAAAAUGCUUAGAUACUGAAUGGUUUUCAUAACCUUUUAGGAUGUUCCGGCAGUGUUCUGCCAAUCUGGUUUUUAAUUCCCUAGUACUCAUGCCCACAUAUUGAAGACCACAUGGACAUUCUAAUAGAUAAAUAACGUUCUUUGUGCUGCAGUGAAUAAAAUGUUUUAUAGGGUAUGUUCUUUGUGUAAUAAAUGAUUUAAAAGAAGUAGUUUUUGAUUUAAUUUUAUCGUCCGUACGUUUACAUACUAUGCAUUUAUUGCAUUUAAAAAAACCUUUGGGUUUAUUUAAAAAGGAGGGGGGUGUAGGAAACUUGCAUUCCGUGAGAUAUUUGUUUUCCAGUUUUCUGAACAAAUCGAAUCAGAGUGUCUUGCAGUUAAAACCGUAUAUUUAUUACAAUAUACACAUCAUCCGGUAACAACAAAAGUCUGUUUUAAAAUAGAGGAAAAUUCAUAGUUAAAUUUAAUAAAUCAAUGGUGAAUUCAUUAUCUUGUAAUUCAUUAGUGAGGUUAUAUAUUGAAAUUUGAAAAAUUGAUACUGUAUACACAUUGAUGAAGAGUUCUGAAAAAUUGAUAGUAUAUGCACAUGAAUUUGAUAAUAUAUGUACAAAAACAGUCAAUAUUUGAUAGAUCCCCUAUUGUGACCUCAUGUUUAUAACAGGAAUCUGCUGUCAAAAAUGGCUAUAAUCAAAUGUUCAAAAAUUGUUAUCCUUAAGGUAAAUGGGAUAAGUAGGAGCCAAAGGGAGGCAAGAAACUUAAAAAUUUUUGAGAAGAUAUGGUGUAUUAUAGUCCAGAGUUUCUUGCAAAAAAGAGUCCAAACAAAAGAAAAAGAAAAAAAAGGAAAAAAGAAAAAAAUAAGGAAAAAAUAUGGAAAAAAUAUAUAUAAACAGUCCCAGUGUGUACACACAAUGGUAUAUGGAAAGAUCUCACCGGUGGAAAAUAGAGGUUCUGUAGUCCAAUCUCUUUCAAUGUGGCAAUGGCACUUCUGUAUUUUAAAGAGACCUUUGUGUCUUUCUUCCUUCCUCCUUUAUCCGUGGUGAAUAUAGUGUGUCUCCUUACUUGCUCCUACUUGUUCCCGGGGUGUCAGGAUACAUCCAUAGAUUUCUUGCCAAAAAUAUCUUCUAUAUGUGCUGGUGCAGAGGCUCCUGUGCAGGAUAUGGGCUGCGCGCUCGGGAUCUAUGACAUCCCUUCAAUGGCCCUGUUAAAAUAAACACGUGUAAGUCCUUUGUUUUUAUGUGGUCUGGCGCGCCCGCUUAGAUGCACGGGUCGCGCUCAAAUGACGUCAUGACGUACGCGUCAGAGGGUCGCGCCCAAAUGACGUCAUGACGUACGCGUCAGAGGGUUGCGUCUGUUUAGAUGUAAUGACGCACACGUGGGAUUGCUAUACCCGACGUGUGUGUCGUUGACUAACCGCAAAUGUCCAUGUAAACAAUGAAAUAUAGUAAUAUACUGAAAAAAAUAUUGAAAAAAAACCCUAAAGUCCAAUGUGAGCAUCCUAACUAUUACACAGAGUGCAAGCUAACUAAAACAAAAAACAAAAAACCAAAAAACACGAUCCUCUAAAAUCAUACACAUGAAAACAAAUAUUUCUAAUAAAAGAGAAACUUAUAGUGUCCCAUUUUAGAACACAGUAGUCCUUUUACUAAAUAGAGAGGAUCCAUAAACAUGAAGUAUUGAAAUGGUCUUUCAUUCUUAUUAAGGUUUUAAGCAGGGAAUACUAAUUGUAUAUAAGUAAAUCUGUUUAUUUAUUUGUUUAUUUAUAUGCAUACUGUACAUGGUAACUUAGUGCCUAAGGGAGCUAAACAAGCUCAUUGUUUCAAAAAAAGAGAAGAAAAAAAGGGGAUAAAAUUAUUGAUAUAUCUGAGAGAGUCUACGGACAGUGAGGGUACCCAUAUUUCUGAUGCAUUUUUUUUUUUUUUUUUGGACUCUUUUUUGCAAGAAACUCUGGACUAUAAUACACCAUAUCUUCUCAAAAAUUUUUAAGUUUCUUGCCUCCCUUUGGCUCCUACUUAUCCCAUUUACCUUAAGGAUAACAAUUUUUGAACAUUUGAUUAUAGCCAUUUUUGACAGCAGAUUCCUGUUAUAAACAUGAGGUCACAAUAGGGGAUCUAUCAAAUAUUGACUGUUUUUGUACAUAUAUUAUCAAAUUCAUGUGCAUAUACUAUCAAUUUUUCAGAACUCUUCAUCAAUGUGUAUACAGUAUCAAUUUUUCAAAUUUCAAUAUAUAACCUCACUAAUGAAUUACAAGAUAAUGAAUUCACCAUUGAUUUAUUAAAUUUAACUAUGAAUUUUCCUCUAUUUAUGAGUGCAGUAUCAUUUUUGUAUUUUGUAUUUUUCUGAGGUACUUUUGGCCACCUCGAUACUUUGCACCAAUAGGGAUAAAAGAGUGCUUGUACAAAAAUUCUUUUUUUAAAAUCAUAUGGACCAAUAGACAAUGUAUAUUCACUUCUAGAUCUUAUCCAAGCUUGAUGUUAAAAGGUAUUGGUAUUCUAUUGGUGGAAUAUUCUAGCUGCAAAAGGUAUUUUAUACAUUUAAAAUUCAAUUACAUAGGGCGUAUACAUAAUGACAUAAGGUUUGCCUGCUUUACAAUAAUUGGUUAUCUAAGACAAAAUAGGUGGUAACUUAGUAUUAUUCGAUAUCUAUGAUUAAAGCCAUACGUUAUGAUGUUUUGGUAAGUUACACACAAAGACCUUCUUGAGACUUCUAAUUACAUGAUGGAAUGAAUGAUUCACAGGAAUUCAGGCUUACAAGGCUAGGUCAAAGGUUAUUAUCAACAGGAUCCACAAGUCUCCAUCCAUCAUUCUUGACUUAAAACCAUAUGUGUGUAAAUUACAUUAUGAUAGUAAUCUAUCUGGGCAGGGGCCCUCGAUGUCUGGAUAUGCUUAGAAUAAUAACUUACAAUAUUUCUACAUUCCUACAACACGUUGAAUACAUUUAAAGUUUAUAAAAAUAUUUUUCAAGUUCCCCUUUGAUGCUUUUUAUGUAAAUAUAAUGCAUCAUAAUUUAUUCCAUUUCCUUGUAAAACUUUAAUUUUGUGGUCAGGAAUUUACAUCUGUAUUCCACAUCCAUCAGUUGAGACCGUAAACGAUUGAUUAUUUUAGACAUAUAACAACUAAAGAAGAAUAAAACUAUGAUAAUAAUUAUCAAAAUUACCAAAGGAUGAGUUAUGAAGUGUGUCAUACCCAUAACUAAUCCUGUCUUUUGUCCCCCAAACCACUGUUGCCACCAGGAUGUGGUUUCUUCGAUAUAAUCAUGUUUAAUGCUUUUAAUCAUACCUUGCACUGUAUGUAUUUGUACUAAAGUGUUAUGUACUCCAGUCGCAGCUUUAUCAAUAACUUGUAAUAACUCUUCAUUGUUCUUUAACUGCUUAUAGAAAUCAACUCCGUAACCUAUGUUUACAUUAUAUAAAGUACGUUGAUCAUAUUUCAUAAUAGAAUCAGUCCUUUUUAGUAUGGGUGGUAUUAUGUCAUAAUAUUUACCCCUUAUAUCCUUGGUGGUUACUGACAAAGCAGGUCUCUUUGUGCAAUAACUACCCGGUGCUAAGCUUACUGUCUCAGAACAAUUUUUCUCAUGUAUUUCUGUUUUUCCUUCUAUUUGAUGCCAACAUAUCAUGCCUUUAUUGUAUGUCCAUGCUGGUUGAAUUGGUAUUUUAUUUAAUUUCAUUUGACAUGUGUCAUUAUUCUCCCAGCACCAUGAUACCUCUUCUAGAACAUUAACACCAUAAGGGCAGACAUAAUCACCAUCGUUUAACAAACAAUUUUCUAUAUUCAGCAUGUACUCUACAGUUUUUACUCCCACUAGGAUUUUAUCAUUUUGCUUAUUAUCCAUUUUUAUCCAUUUAGAAUUCACUAUUUUACCCAAAUCAAUAUACUUGAAUCUGUUGUAAUUAACUCCUCUAGUAGGGAGAAAAAUAGCAAAAGCACAAUUUUCUAUUGUGUCUUCCAGACAUCCUAACCAUUGUGUAUGCCAAAAAGCUCUGUAGUAAAAACUUAUUUUAGGCACUUCAAGAGGGACUUCAUAAGGCCAUUGAUGGUUAAAAAGAGCUUGCAGGAAUAUUUUUGCAUUAGUAUUGAUGUCCAUUUGUAAAGCUAUACAUCCUAAGGCUAAAGAGGUAUCACUUGCAAUCUUUUCCAUUCCUACACUGAUAUUAUACUUUUUAUUAAUGAGAUUCUUAAUAAUGGAAAUGUCUGUUCUGUAGUUGUUGAUAACUGUUUGCAUUUGUAUCUUAGAUAAUAACAAUGAAGCAUCCUGUGAUUUGCUACCUGCAGCUGCUAGUGUACUCAUUCUAGCUGCUAAUGAUUCUAUAUUUACUCCAUUUAUCAUACUUGCUCCUACACCUAAACCACCUAAUACUGUGUUAUACCACUCACGUUUUCUUCGUGUAUUCACUGGUCUUGAGAAAGUGGUGUCUUGUUUUAACCAAUAAUAGAAAUCUUGUUGUAUUCCUACUGUAUAUUCCUGACAUUGUGGGAAUGUACGUGUAAUGUCCCAUUCUGACAUGUUCAAUGAAUAUGUGUAUAUACUAAAUGAAGCCCCAAAUAAGACUUUGUGAUCAUCAUCUUUGUAUAUUCUAAUGGGAUCUUUUCCUUCCUCUUCUACAAGAUUACAAUCAUCUGUUAUUCUUUGUUCUGGAGUCCAAUUAUCAUGAAAUGUCGUGAUUGUGAAUGCAUAUGAAAGAGAAACCGUGUUUCCAUUCCUAUUUAUUAUAUUUCUCAUAACAAAAAUAGGUGUCCAUAACCAUGAAGGUUUUCUAGAUUUUGGAUGCCAAGGCCACAUAGUGACUUGGCCUGCACAUUUAGCUGGGUUUUGAUAGGUAAAUGAGCUGUCUUGUGUUUGUUCGAGUACUUUUACUUUAGUAUUUGUGUAAGGAUUAACAAGUGUAUCUAUUAAGUACAUGUAGCAAAUUAACCCAUCAUCGUUAACACUUCUCACAUUAAACAUAGAAAGGGUAAGGGUGUUGUCUAUACCAGUAGGUACCACACACCUACUCUCCGUAUUAUUUUGCAUUAUAUAUGUCCGAUCCUUGUUAAUAUUAAUGAUUAAAUCAACUCGUCCGUCAACUGAUAGAUAUGUCAUACAUGGUUCUUGGUUAUCAUGGAAUAUGAGCGCACCGGAUAUUGCAUCCUCAGAUGUGUUUGCAUUAAUGCAUCCACAAUAAUUAACAUCAGGAGUCUUACAAUAUCUCACUUUACACUCAUAGGGGAAUGCUGUACAUUUAGAAAAAGUAUCUCUAAUAUCACAAUCUGGAGUACCUGUACCUUGGGCAUUGAUUGUACCUAACAUCAUCAUGAUUAAAAACAGUAUGAUGCUGUGCAAUUUUAUAAAGGUUACAUUAUCAAGAAACCCCAAUCGGUUUGAUUUGGUCCGUGAAGUAAUGUCCUCUCCAAUCGCAUUCAUGAGAGCAGUCUUUUUGUCCAUAGUGUCUUUUGAAAGUCCAAACAAUUUGUCCUUUUUAAAAUUAAACAGUCUUUGUCCAUGAACAAACAUUAUUGGUUCUGUAAUGAAAAACAGAUGGCAGUUUACUAUUCUUAUACAUUAGUGAGUUUACAUUGAUCAAUAUGCACAAGAAUUGCUUUAUUACAUUUCCUACCAACUUUUGCUCUUUGAACCUGUAAGACAGUUUGUCCUAAUUUCUUUAGAAUAACAUAAGGUCCUUCCCAACCUGCCUGCCAGGGACCUGGUGUUCUAAAUGAUUUUACCAUCACUUUGUAUCCUGGUUUAAACUUAUCUGCAUAAUUCCCCUGAGUUACAUCUUUAACCCAUUGUUUACCAGAAGGGGCCAUAUUCAAAGCAGCAAACUUCAAAACUGACUGCAGCUGUUCUUGUAACACUUUUAACCAUUCAGCAUGUUCUGCAGCAACUUUGAAAGUACUUGGAACAAAAGGUUCAUUGGGGAAAGUAAUUGGCAUGGUUCUGCCUGUCAUUAACUCAUGAGGUGACACUUGCGUUUUGGAGUUUGGAGUUGCACGAAUAGACAUUAAAACUCCUGGUAAGUGUGUUACCCAACUACUCCCUUUAUCUUCAAGCAUUUUUUUCAAUCUAGAUUUCAAUGUCCUAUAUAUUCUUUCCACUAUGCCAGCCGACUGUGGAUGAUAUGGGACAUGAAAUCUUUGUUGGAUCCCCAACAAUUUACACAUUUCUUUAAGUACUUCUCCUAUGAAGUGUGGACCAUUGUCAGAUUCAAUGAUUCUGGGAAAACCCCAUACAGAAAAUACAUAUUUCCAUAGCGCCUUACAUGUUGUUAGCGCCGUACAAUUGGUAAGAGCUAUACAAUCCACCCAUUUGGAGAAUAUAUCAACAAUUACCAAUCCGUACUUUAGUCCUCCUGGAGCUAUAGGUAAUGGUCCAAUAAAAUCAAUUUGUAUAGAGUCCCAUGGUCCUUUUGCCAAAGGUACUCUCUGCAAUUUUGGUUUCUGACCUUUAGGUCUGGGAUUAAAUUGAGCACAUAUGAGACACUCCUGCACUAUAUUUGUACACCAUUGUUUCAAAUUAGGAUGAUAACAUUUAUUUUGCAGGACCUUAAACAGUUUUUCUGUACCCAAAUGCCCUAGUGUACGAUGAUUGAAUACAAUCAACUCCUGCAAUAACUCACUCGGUACAAAUGGUACAAACGUUUGUGUUUCCUCAUGUUUAAUCCCGUACAAGCCAGUUUCUGUAUCUAAAUCCAUUGUUUCUCUACUGAAAGCUACAUCUUUACUCUGGUUUUCUUUCAGAUCUUGUAGGGGAUUUGAUAUUGGUCUUUUACUCACAGUUGCAAUCAUUAAAUUUUCUGAGUAUUGCAACUCUCCUAUUAAAGCAGCUUCCUUUGCUCCCUGAUCUACAAGUCUGUUUCCUUCUGCCAUUUCAUCCCCACUUUUCCUGUUUUGAUGUGCUUGAACUUUAACAACAGCACAAGUUAAACCCUUUUUUUCUGCAUAAUUAAACAGUUCUGCCAAAAUACCUGCAUGUUUUAAAGCUUUGUCCUGUGAAUCUACCAUCCCCCGUUUUCUCCAUAUUGGGAGAUGAAGUGUUAAAGCUUUAACUACAUAGCUGCUGUCACUGAUUAUAUUCACUGGGUCAUAUGCUGUUAUUUCCAGAGCUUUCCUUACAGCCUCUAACUCAGCUCUCUGAGCAGACAUAAGGCCUGGCAAUUUAUAUCUCUGCAUUUCUUUUGUUUGAUCGUCAUAAAUGGCAUAACCUGUGUGAUGUGAUCCAUCAGCAUAAAAUCUUGUUCCAUCCACAUACAAACAAGGAGCCCCUUGUAUUGCUUGUUUCUCAAAAGGAGAUUUAGAUUCAAUUUCUAAUUCCUUCUGACAAUCAUGAGGUGUUCCACUUAUCUCUAUCAAUUCAGGAAUAACAUAUCUCUUACUGCUUUCUACCUUGAGUGGUUUAUCUUGUAACUUCAAUAUCCAAUGAGCUACCCUCUGGCUAUGUACUCCUAAAUCAGAACAAUUGUGUAACAGUUUUAAAGGUGUGUGAGGGGUUUGUAAAAUUAGCUGUCCAAAUCCUACAAUGUGUUGUGUUGCUUCUAAAGCCCAACAUACAGCCAAAAGCUGUUUUACACAGGAAAACAUUCCCCUUUCCACUGGAGACAUGAUUUUAGAAAAAUAUCCCAGUAUUCGUAAGGAGCCAUGUUGCCUUUGCAUCAAAACUGCUAUUAAUGAAGAGACACCUGCGUAACAUUGAACAAUAUAUGGUACUGUUUCAAUGGGAGCAGCUAACACAGGCGCUUGUGUAAGAGCAUCUUUUAACAGGUUCCAACUCUUUUCAGCUUCCUCUGUCCAGAGUAGCUUAUCUGUAUUAGCACUAUCUUUUAGCAUAUUGUACAGGGGUUUUGCUAUUCCUGCCAUAUCAUAGAUGAAUUCUCUGCUAAAAUUUACCAAACCUAAAAAUUUCCUUAGAUCAGACACUGUCAUUGGCCUUGGCAAUUGCUGUAACGCUUUAACCCUUGCUGUUCUUGGUGUUUUACCUGCUGGAUCUAUAUUUACUCCUAAGAAAGCCACGCUUUCUUUCAAGAUCUGCACUUUGAAUGUGUUCAGUUUUAACCCAUUAUCUGCCAGUGCUUGACAAAUAUCACACAGUAUCUGCUCAUGCUCUUCCCUUGUUACUGUUUGAACCAACAGAUCAUCAACAUAUUGCAAAAUCUUGUUCCCAUACCCCAGGGGUUCCAAUACUUGAGCCAGUGCUUUAUGAAAAUAAGCUGGCGAGGAGUGGAAGCCCUGUGGCAGCACCUGGAACAGAUAUUGAUGAUUUUUAAAGGUAAAAGCAAAACGAUACUGUCUAUCUGGGUGUACUGGUAUUGAGAAAAACCCAUUGGCUAUAUCCAGAACAGAAAAAUACUUAGCAUUGCCGUCUAUUUGAGCCAUGAUAUCUGGUGAGGAGGCCACUAUAUGGGCUGCUGGUGGGGUAUACUUAUUCACCACUCGCAUGUCCACAAUUAAACGAUAAGAGCCAUCUGGCUUGAUUAUUGGCCAAAUGGGGGAAUUACAUUUGGAAUUACCCACUCUCAGCACUCCUUGAGAUACCAAUGCCUCUAUCACUUGACUCACACCUUCUUCUGAUUCUUUUGGAAUUUUAUAUUGUUUUACUGCAGGAGGGUCUGGACCUUCAAUGACAACUUGUAAAUUCAUUCUCCCACAAUCUUGUUUAGAUUUAGACCAUACUGUGGGGUAUUUUUCUUUAAGAUAGGUUAUAAAAUCAUCAUCUUGUUGUGUGGAAGGUGACACUUCACCCUGUUUUACAGACAUGACAUGACUAUACCAUCCUAAAUCAUUAGGUCUAACCACUCCACCUGAUUUGCUCUCACCUGGAGCUUGCCACAAAACCAAAUUCAAUAAAUCCACAUACAACUUUUUUCCAUUGAUAACAUCCAUCCCCAAAAUAGUACAGUGGGAUGAGAGGUCGACCCAUAAGUCACAAUUUAUUUUACCUCCUUCAAAUUCAAUGUCAUUAUCAGUGGAUAGAGUUGCAUGGGCAUGUGCUCCAUUAAAACUUAGAAGGGAAAUUGUUGGUGCUUCAAUUUUUAAAGGCAAGCUUUUGUUGGUUAAAGACACUGCAGCUCCUGUGUCUACUAAAAACUCUGUUAUAUUCCCCUCUAGUGUUCCAUAAAUAUAUGGCCUUCCAUCUUCACCCAGAGUAAUAUCAGUGAGAUAGACCAGAGAACAACUAGGGGUUACACAUCCCUAUUUAUUAGUGUGGUAAGCAGAAUUCACUUGUGGACUUGUGACUGCUUCCACCUUCAUUUCAAUGGCAUUUAACAUCCGUCUACACUCUUCAUAUGGAUUUGAUAUUUGAGGGGGGUUUGAAGAUGUAUUUUCGGUUUCUACAGCUGCCACUCUCUGUAGAUUCUUAUAGCCUGGCACAAUGCCAUUUUCUUUCCCUUUCACUGUGUAAGAUUUUUCUUCAUUUUUGGGACAAUAUCUCCUAACAUGACCUUCUUGGUUGCAUUUAUAGCAUAUCAUAGGACUAUUCUGACUAACCCUAUAAUAUCUAUCUUGGGAUGGGGCCGAAUAAUUUCUAGUACCCUGGUAAUUUUGUGGUUUAUUCAUAGACCUCCCUCUAAAAUUACCAUUUCUAUUAUUAUUUUCAUAUCUUCCUCUACCUUCUUCACGAGACACAUAGUUAAUAGGGGCCAGACCUGCUGAAGUAUCCCUAGAGAAAAGUGUGCCUGUGAACGCAAAAAUCUUAGCUGUUUCUGUGUUUUUCUUUUGCAACAAUUGCAAAGAUUUCAUUAUUUCCGUAGCAGCAAAAUCAACUGUGGGUGAAUCAAAAGCUCUUAAUUUUAUCUCAUUUGGCAACCCUGCUAUUCUAGAGACAAAUUCAGUAACACUCUGCUUAUGUUGUUCUUUAGACAUAGCAGAUGGUUCUGUAUCAGUAAUCAAAUUCCAUGCCUUAUUCCACAAAUUAGCACAAACACGUAUAUCAUCAUUUUUCUCCAUUUUAAAUGAAUCAAGAGUAGAAAAUUGAAAAUUCUCCACACCAGUUGCACACUGUACCACCAUUAGCAAUCUCUGUGUAUUGUUUGGAAACAAUUCCUCCAACUCAACUCGGGGCUUUUCACUUGACUUCUCUUCCAACACAUCAAUGAGUUUAACUUUAACCCAUUCACUUAAUGAAGUUGGCAGCCAGAUCAAAAGACCUCUUGUGGCUACCACAUCAUCAAAUUGUCUUUUAUUCAUUUCACCUUCAAAAACACUCAUAUUGUAAAAAGGUCCUCUCUUCUCAUCAUAUUUAGGCAAAUCCUUAAUCAAUUUAGCUAAUUUGAGAAUAUCCAACUGACCCUUUCCUUGUACAUUUCCCAAUUUAUUUUCUAUUUCACUUCUCGCCUGCCCGUUUUCACAACUUAACCUUUGAGCUAUUUCAUUUUCACUUUCCUCUUUCAAAGUAAAAUCCAAAUCUUUCUGAUUUGUAGCUUUCCACAAAAUAUCUGUAGCACUACCCAGAUUAGUAAUCUGUCUCUGCAAAUUGUCAAAAUUAGUAACAUUUAUGUCUAAUUCUUUAGACAUGUGAGACAGGGUUUUAUGGGUUCUAUCCAACAAAUCAGUCUGAUUUCUAAGCAUUUCUUUCAUUAUAUUAAUAUCUUCAUUUUCUUGAUCCCUACUAAAACUUUUCAACAAUUGCCGAGAAUUUUCUAUUUGAGUUUUUGUUUCAGUUAACGUGGAUUCCAAGUCACUAUCAAAAGAGAGACUUGGGGGCAAUCUCCCUUCUGUUAACAGCUUUUGUGGAGAUUUCACAGUUUUGCUGGGGGGGCUAGGGAAAUAACUAGUCCUUGUGACAACACAUACAUUUUUCAGUUGUUUUAACAAAACAUCCCUUUUUUUGUUUUGUUGUACUACAUACAUAACAAUUACUGGUCUUUUUAAGUUGACACCAUUCAUUCAUUGCAUCAUUAGUUUCCAAAAAGCUCUUUGCCAGUAAUGCAACUUUUUGACUUUCCUUUUUAAAUACAUUGUUGUGCUCUAUCUCACUUAAUCCGUCUAUUAAUUUCAAUAAACAGUCAUCCCAUAUACUUUCAGGAUUAACACCUUUUACAGAAAGAUCUCUAUUAGAUCUGGCAGCAAUCCUUUGCAGCCACUCCAUAAUUAACUUAAACAGUUGAAACACUUUGUUUAACAAACAAUAUAUAUAUGAGAGCACUUUUUACAUAUGAUUUAAAACAAGACACAUACCCAUUAAGUACUCUGGUUCCACAGAUAUGGCCACUUUCUGAUAGAAGAAUACUUUCUGGAAUAUGUAGUUAUUCUUGAGAAUCCUCCAAAAUGCAAUCUUCGAUCUGCACGUCGUCACAAAUUACUUGAUAAAGUGUGGAUAAAAAGGACCCGGAUUGUCCAUCUCAAUUAUUUAUCUUCAAAUUCUUGCUUCAGUACUGAACAUAAACAUCUGCCGCGUUCGAACGACUUUCUCACCCUGCCUCACCUCCGUCUUCGCAUCAGACCUGGGAUGUUUAAACAAAGAAUCUUUGGGAUGCACUCCUGCUGUGUCAGUUAGUCUCUUGUUUUUCUCCUGUUUCAAGCCGGGUAAUACAGCUUUUCUUCAGAGAACAAUUUCAACUUUUCUUCAGCGAUUUUCUUAUCUUCUUGUCUUCUUGUAGUUUGUAGCAGAACACUUAAAUAUUAAGUCAGUAAUAAUUCAGACUUAACUCAAAGUUGCCUUCUGACUUAAAUCCAAGAUGCCCGCAUUCUCCACCAUUAAAUGUAGGAAAUUUGCAUUCCGUGAGAUAUUUGUUUUCCAGUUUUCUGAACAAAUCGAAUCAGAGUGUCUUGCAGUUAAAACCGUAUAUUUAUUACAAUAUACACAUCAUCCGGUAACAACAAAAGUCUGUUUUAAAAUCAUAUGGACCAAUAGACAAUGUAUAUUCACUUCUAGAUCUUAUCCAAGCUUGAUGUUAAAAGGUAUUGGUAUUCUAUUGGUGGAAUAUUCUAGCUGCAAAAGGUAUUUUAUACAUUUAAAAUUCAAUUACAUAGGGCGUAUACAUAAUGACAUAAGGUUUGCCUGCUUUACAAUAAUUGGUUAUCUAAGACAAAAUAGGUGGUAACUUAGUAUUAUUCGAUAUCUAUGAUUAAAGCCAUACGUUAUGAUGUUUUGGUAAGUUACACACAAAGACCUUCUUGAGACUUCUAAUUACAUGAUGGAAUGAAUGAUUCACAGGAAUUCAGGCUUACAAGGCUAGGUCAAAGGUUAUUAUCAACAGGAUCCACAAGUCUCCAUCCAUCAUUCUUGACUUAAAACCAUAUGUGUGUAAAUUACAUUAUGAUAGUAAUCUAUCUGGGUAGGGGCCCUCGAUGUCUGGAUAUGCUUAGAAUAAUAACUUACAAUAUUUCUACAUUCCUACAACACGUUGAAUACAUUUAAAGUUUAUAAAAAUAUUUUUCAGGGGGGCAGAAAAAAGAGGUAGUAUGGCUUUGUUUAGUAUAGUUUCUUGUAAGGAUGGAUUUAAGGCUGGGUGCCCCUCUGAAUAUAACGUGUGGUUUAUCGGGAAUAAUACCAGCUAGAGUCUCAUCCUGUUUUAAUAUAUGCCAAUGUUUGUUGAUAAUAUUUUUCAUAACAUUAUUUUUGUUAUUGAAGUCAAAGAUAAUUGGCAAUGUUAAGGGCAUUUUUGGAGGCUUUAUUCUCUCUGUACUCCAAAAGGUCUGAUCUCUCUUUCUCCCUAACAUAUUUUAUGGUUUGGUUUAAGUUGUUUGAGGGAUAUUUUUUUUGAGAGAAUUUUCUUUAUAGCAUUUGAGUUUGAGCCUCAAAAUCUUGUGUAAGGGAACAGUUCCUUCAAAGGCGAAGGAACUGGCUCUUGGGUAUUCCAUGGAGCCACGGUUUAUAAUGGCAACUCGACAUAUCAAUCACAUUAUUUGUACAUACUUAAAAAAAAAAAAAAAGUUUUAGUAUGAACCUUAUUGUUUUGAAUAAAAAUUUCCAAAUCUAAAAAGCGGAUAAAAGAUUGACUGUAUUCAUGUGUUAAAACUAUACCAUUAUUGUUUUGAUUUAAAAAAAGUAAAAACUGGUUGAGGGAGUUUUCUGUGCCUUCCCAAAUAAAAAAUAAGUCGUCAAUAUAUCUAAAGUAUGUGACCAGGUUUGCCUGCCAGUCAUGCUCUCCAAAAAUUGCCGUGGAUUCCCACUCUGCCAUAAAAAGGUUAGCAUAACUGGGUGCAAACCUGGUCCCCAUAGCACUCCCUUGUUGUUGUGGAUAAAGAGUCUAAAAACCCCCCCAAAUUUUUUUUUUUUAAAUAAUAUUAAUACCUUGAAUUAUAAAACUUAUCUGUUGGUCUGAAAUUCUAUUUUCUGCCCUUAAGAUUUUUUCAACUGCAGAACAACCUUUAUCGUGAGGAAUGAUUGUGUACAAGGAUUGUACAUCACACAUAACUAAAAAAAUAUUUCUUUCCAAAUAACAUUAUUUAAAAAUCGGAGUAAAGUCAUUGAGUCUUUUAAAUAUGAUUUCAUACAUUUUAUUGAAGGUUGUAAAAGCAUGUCUAGAUAUUCAGAUAAAUUAGAUAAAAUUUAAUUGAUCCCUGAUAUGAUAGGCCUACCAGGAGGGUUAAUAGCAUCUUUAUGGAUGUUUGGUAGGAAAUAGAUAACAGGGAUUUUUGGGUGAAAGACAUUUAGAAAUUCAAAUUCUUGUUUAUUUAAAAUAUUUUGGUCUCGGCCACUAUUUAAAAAAGAGGUUAAAACUUGUUGGAUUCUUGGGGUCGGAUCUUGUGACAAUUUCUCAUAAACCUUACAAUCAUUAAGUUGUCUCAUAGCUUCUCCCUCAUACAUAUCUUUAGACAAUAUUACAAUCCCUCCACCUUUGUCAGCUGGCUUUAUAACAAUGUUUACAUCUUUUUGUAAUUGUAAAAGUGCCUUGAGUUCUGGUUGUGAAAGAUUGUCUCGAUUAUAUUUUUCUUUUUUGAUUUUUUUCAAAGUCUUUUGUUACCAAUUUUUCAAAAACCUCUGGGUUUCUGUUUUAAAACUUGAUGGAAAAAAAAGUAGAAUUCUUUUUCAGAGAGGUAGAUAUUAUAUUAGGGCAAUCUUCUGAUGAGGUAACUGAGUGUUGAGGGGUAGAUCUGAGUUUUUACUGGCAAAAAAAUCUUUUUAGAGUGGACUUCCAAAUUUAUUUAUAUCUAUAAAUGCUUUAAAUGGCUUGUAAGGAUUCAUUGGAGCAAAUUUCAGUCCUUUGCUAAGGACUGAUAUUUGUGUGGAUAUUAGAGCUUUUUGGGAUAGGUUGAAGAUGCCAAGUUCCUUCUCAUUUAUAGGGGUUAUUGUCGAUCUAGCCUUUCUCUUUUGUGCUCUUCUCCCACUUCUCCUUCCUCUAAACUUAGGCUCCUUUUCCUUGUUUUUAUAGGAUGUGCGUUAUCUUAUGUUUUAAAGAAAACGAGAGCAGACAGGAAGAAAUGAAUAACAGAUCCUGACAGAGGGAAAGAAGAGGAAUCGAUUGGGGAAAGGUAAGUUCGGCAUGACCGUGCCGCUUUAAUUUUUUCUCAGUCACUAUGACACCUGAUGGUCGUAUUUCUUAUCUAUUAAAAAUAAAUUGUCAUUUUUUCUAAGUAUUGCAAACAAUAAUUUAUAGUCGCCGAUUUCCUUUAACUCCUGGUAUAUUUCUUUCAGGUGUAUUUGUAAGGAGAGGUUAUACUGAAAGUGGUGACAAGAACAGAAAUACACAAAGCAAAGCUAUGAAGAAAUCUUUUAAUAACCGCACCAAGGACUUUCACGCUGAAAAAUCAAGCAUUUUCUCAGAUUCCUAUAUUUUCUCAAAGGAGAUAGUAAACAUAAACCCCAAACCUUUCUCAUGUUCUGAAAGUGGAAGAUGUUUUAGUCAUAAAGAAACUCUUGGUAGACAUCAGAGAAAUCACACAGAAGGGAAACCUUUCUUUUGUAGUGAAUGUGGAAAAUGUUUUGUCACUAAAGCAGUUCUUGUCCGUCAUCAGAGAACUCACACAGGAGAGAAACCGUUCUCAUGUUCUGAAUGUGGAAAUAGUUUUAGGCACCAUUCAACUCUUGUCAGUCAUCAGAGGACUCACACAGGAGAGAAACCGUUCUCAUGUUCUGAAUGUGGAAAUAGUUUUAGGCACCUUUCAAAUCUUGUCAGUCAUCAGAGAACUCACACAGGAGAGAAACCAUUCUCAUGUUCUGAAUGUGGAAAAUGUUUUGUCACUAAAGCAGAGCUUGUCAGUCAUCAGAGAACUCAUACAGGAGAGAAACCGUUUUCAUGUUCUGAAUGUGAAAAAUGUUUUGUUUGUAAAUCACAGCUUGUCAGUCAUCAGAGAACUCACACAGGAGAGAAACCGUUCUCAUGUUCUGAAUGUGGAAAAUGUUUUAGGCACCAUUCAAAUCUUUUCACUCAUCAGAGAACUCACACAGGAGCGAAACCAUUUUCAUGUUCUGAAUGUGGAAAAUGUUUUAGGCACCAUUCAAAUCUUUUCAGUCAUCAGAGAACUCACACAGGAGAGAAACCAUUCUCAUGUUCUGAAUGUGGAAAUAGUUUUAGGCACCAUUCAAAUCUUUUCAGUCAUCAGAGAACUCACACAGGAGAGAAACCAUUCUCAUGUUCUGAAUGUGGAAAUAGUUUUAGGCACCAUUCAAAUCUUUUCAGUCAUCAGAGAACUCACACAGGAGAGAAACCAUUUUCAUGUUCUGAAUGUGGAAAAUGUUUUGUCACUAAAGCAGAGCUUGUCAGUCAUCAGAGAACUCAUACAGGAGAGAAACCGUUUUCAUGUUCUGAAUGUGCAAAUAGUUUUAGGCACCUUUCAAAUCUUGUCAGUCAUCAGAGAACUCACACAGGAGAGAAACCAUUUUCAUGUUCUGAAUGUGGAAAAUGUUGUGUCACUAAAGCAGAGCUUGUCAGUCAUCAGAGAACUCAUACAGGAGAGAAACCGUUCUCAUGUACUGAAUGUGGAAAAUGUUUUGUUCGUAAAUCACAGCUAGUCCGUCAUCAGAAAACUCACUUAGGAGAGAAACCGUUCUCAUGUUCUGAAUGUGGAAAAUGUUUUAACCGACAUUCAAAUCUUGUCAUUCACCAGAGAACUCACACAGGAGAGAAACCAUUCUCAUGUUCUGAAUGUGAAAAAUGUCAGUCAUCAGAGAACUGUUCGUGGAAAAUCACAGCUUGUCAGUCAUCAGAGAACUCACACAGGAGAGAAACCGUUCUCAUGUACUGAAUGUGGAAAUAGUUUUAGGCAUCCUUCAAGUCUUGUCAGUCAUCAGAGAACUCACACAGGAGAGAAACCGUUCUCAUGUACUGAAUGUGGAAAUAGUUUUAGGCAUCCUUCAAGUCUUGUCAGUCAUCAGAGAACUCACACAGGAGAGAAACCAUUCUCGUUCUGAAUGUGGAAAAUGUUUUUGGCAACCUUCAACUCCUGUCAGUCAUCAGCGAGCUCACACAGAUGAUGAGUCUCUAAAAUUGUAUUAUGCAUUAACAUAGAAAUGAAAUAUCUUGUUUUGUGAAUUUUGAUCAUGCUGACACAGUAAAUAGUAAUUGUGAUAGUAGCAGUCAAUAUACAUAUAAUGUCUUUCCGUCAACUCAGGAUACAUUGUGGUUGUAUGUUCUGUUUGUUACAGAGUGAAAGGUUACUUCCCCCAGCCCCCAUGUUAAUAUAGACCAUUGCAGCUCCACGGGUGCACAAGGUUACAUCACCUUUUCUCUAACGGGACUAUGGUUGCAUUCCCGGACCUACAAACCUGAUACGACUUACCAAAUAAAGCGAUAUUCCCUACCUACAACUCAAGUCCCUUCUGGGGUCUUUGACCUCCCCCCCCAAACCCCAUCACCUGCAAGAGUUUCACACACAUUCACUCGGAUAGAGGAGAUAUGUAUGUCCACCAAAAUUCCCUGCAAAACCAUCUCUUUAACAUACCACUUGACAGUGGCAGAGGAAGUACCGGACAAACAUGUCCUAGCGUGGUACGUGGACUUACACACCACAUACACCAUGGAACACUGACUGAAAGCCUACACAGCACACAAAGGGAAAACAGCUUGUAUUUUGACGCUGGGCCUAUGUGCAAUUUCCAAGCGAUUUUUCUGCCUUUUUGACACACAAAGUGAGUUUGCACAGUAUAUUUUGCAAACCUUAUGUGUGCUACCACUGUAUAAUACUUCAUAUGUUGCUCAGCUAUGUGGUCUGAGUACAGCAAUACCCCCGUAUGUACCUUUGCCAGGUAUAUGUGGAUGUUGAAGGGGCACAUUUGAGACGCAGUCAUUCAGUUUCUUUCUAACUCUGAAGUUUUAUGCUGUGUCCAUGUUCUAAUUUGGAAUAGUUUAGAUGGUUGGAUAUUAAAACUUCCCCACAAACACAUACUAUUUAUUAAAGAAUGCACCCUGGGGUAAUUCAAAAGGCAUAUUUUGAACCUUGGCGUGGGAACAUUUUUUCUCUAGUUUGUUCCAGGUGUAGUGGUAAUGAGCGUUUUUAAAUAUAUUUUUUAACUUUUUAAAACUUUUUUACUUUUUAAAACUAUUUUUUAAACUUUUGUUUUGCUUAUUAAUUUUUUUAAAGUUUCCUAAACUUUCGUAAAGCUUUUUUUUACAGAUUUAAAAUUUUUCUAAGCUUUUUUUUUACCGUUAACCCCUAACUAGCAGUAAGCAGCACUAACAGUAAAUUCCCC